AUGGUUGAAUCCUUAAGACUGCCAAAUGGAGGGUGGAAUGAGGAACGGUUACAAAUGUUUGACAGCAGCACUGCAGCAAAUAUCCAUAGGAUUCCCAUUACCAAUUGGCUUCUUGAGGAUAAGUUAGUUUGGUUACUAUGGAACUCAGGGUUACAUGAACGUUUAAAGUUUUCUAUGUGGAAGCUUGCUAACUAUGGGAUUCUCACUGCCCAUAAUCUGAUUGCUAGAAACAUCAGGGUAGUUGAGGCAUCUUGUGUUCAUGGGUGCAAUUGUCUGAAGUAUGCAAACCAUUUGUUUUUCCACUGCCAGGUAGCCAAGGCAAUCUGGUUUGCCAUGGCUUGGAGUAUAAAAUGGGAUGCCUUCACAGAUUUUUCCUUGAAAGAGAAAUUAUACCUCCUAGGCCACCCGACUAGAGUUUUCCCGGUGCAUUCGAAUGACGGAGCACACUUUUUCCUAUUUGGAUCUAUCAUUCUUCACCAGUUAUGGCAGAUUAGAAAUAGCUUACGUUUUGAAAACCAGCAUUUCUCAUUAGAGAAUACUAUGGCUCUGCUCAAUUUUAGAGUUAAGGAGGCUUUAACUCUCUUUCAACGAAAAACAGAAAUUAUAUCAACUUUGAGACACGGUGCUUGCAUGGGUAGUCUUAAAACUCCUCCUCAGUUCAUCAAAAUCAAUACAGAUGCAACGAUCAGAAAUGACAACAGCUUAGUUGGCAUUGUUGCUCGUAGCCAUGAAGGAGAAAUAUUGAAGAUGUGGGUUGUCCCUUUUCACUCAAACAUUCCAGAUCUUGCUGAAACCUUUGGUAUUCUGCAAGGGCUUGUAAAAGCAAAACAGGAAGGGCAGACUAAUAUUUGGUGUGUUUCAGAUACUAGGAGAAUCAUUCUUAGGUUGCAUAAUGAUGACUUGCAGGGCACGCAUUGGAUGGCAGAAGGUAUUAUUCAAGACAUUUUGAUCGAGAAAAAUACUUUUCAAGAAGUCAUCUUCCAUUGGUCUCCCAGGGAAUCAAAUAUUAUUGCAGAUUUUGUUUGUAACUGA